AUGUCAAGUAUGCCAGUGGCCAGCGGUAGCCACUCGAAUCAUGCCACAUCUGCUCUCUCUUCUACUUCCCUUCAAGUGUCGAAUACAACAAGCAAUCAUUUUCUAGGUGUAUCUCUACGCCCGUGGAUGGGUCAUACCCGGAGUAUUGUAACUGCUCCCAACCCCUCCCGCCCGACCAAACCACACCGCACUCCGGCGUCGAGAAGAUCACAACAAGAUCCAGCCCUAGGACGUUCAGCCGUUGGCAGUACAACUGCGACAACCCAUUCUUCCCCGAUACCCUCCUCCCUGCUCAUUCAAUCGGAAGCGCCAAUGCUUUCGUCGUCGGUAACUCAACCGGAUGCAGAGGAGAGGAAUGAACAGCCCACACACAGAAGAGACAGUUUGAACAAUGCGGGCAUCAGUGCUCGUACACACAACGGUGUUGAAGGGUCGUCAGGGAAGGAUAUGAGCAAUCGCCCAGAGCUGGUGCAAGAUGUGCAUCAAGUUAUCGGCCCUCGAGGGUUUACCUCCCAACAGUCCAUAUCCCUACAAACUAACGAGACACUCAGGUUUCAAGUCUCUGCUCCAGGGCAGUCUAUUUCGGAAAUGGCCUCCAUGAACAAUCCCGGUCGUUCACCGCAAACUCAGCCACCGCCGACCACGGCCAAUAUUCCUACGGCAGUUGAAAACGUCGAGGGAAUGAGAAAGCGGCCACGCCCGAAUGAGGCCAAUUUGGCCCAAGAAACGAACAAACGACGAGGAGGACCGAGGAUGAGCAACGAUGUGGCUCAGGUUUCAGCGCAACUGCCCACACCUCAAGAUUCACCUACAUUUUCCUCCGCCGCUACUCUUCGUGAGCAAUUGGAUGCGACAAUUAACGCGCAAUUUGACCGUCGACAAUACACCGUUGACAUGAAACCUGUCAUCGACGGCCUUAGAAUUGAGAUGCUGCGUGAUGCUUGUCGACACAAUGACAUUUUCUACAUCCUGACGCAUUCGCUCUAUUGCCUUUGGUACCGAGACUGCACCGGACACACUGAUCUGACCCCGACCUCGGCCGAACUUGUUACGUUGGACAAGUUUAACAAGUUUGGACUUACCUUACAACACCUGCGAGCCAUGCACGUCUUGCGCUCGAUAUUGGGCCAGAAUGACCUUCUUUCACACGAGAUGAAUGAGGUAUUUGCAAAUUUUCCCAUGCGCCCGGAGCUCUUUAUGGCACAGGCUAGUGGCCCAGAGCCAUCGCUCCUUGACUCUGUGAAAUGCUUUUUCCUCUGCUUGCCAAGCAGUUUCAAUGCUCUCAAAUCCAAUACACUGCAGAGGGGAUAUCCUCCGUGUCCCUUAGAGUUCAAGUACGCAUUGCAACUACCAUCUCCAGUCCUUCUCAAGGCCGUUCAUCUCUCAAUCCUGCGACAUCUGUAUACCGACCAAGACUGGUUGCGACAGGCGACGUUACUUUUCGAGCAAGAGCUGAAUGCUCCUGUUGGUAAUUCUCUUACCAUUGCCGAGUUGAACGCGGCUCAAGGAGCUCAAUUAUCUGCAGCUUCCCAAGCAUUUUGCCAAAAAUACUUUCAGCUUCUAAGCCAAUAUUCCGCUCUCAGGAAUCGAGCCCCGCAACCAGUUCCACGUGCGGCUGGGAUAUAUCAGCUGACACGCCAACAACCAUCCACUAACGGUCAGUUUCACGAGGCUGGUCAGUCACAGAAUCAAGUUGCGCCAGUCACACAACCCUUUAUGUUCUCCUCUUCUACGUCUGACGAUCGUCGAUCAGCUCCGUUGAACCCAUCGAAUGUAAUUGGCCCACGGUCCGCAUUACCUCAAUCUGACACCGGCGCAUCUGAAUCGCCAGUCAACGGUAGGGCUACUCGAGGUAUUCGUCAGGUCUCGGUCCAACGAAAUAAGCAUCCUAAUCCUGUGAGUCCCCCCUCGCCGCCACGGUCUCAGCUCUCGACGACCGCCCGUAUUUCUCUUGUUCAUACCGGAACUGGUCCUGGGCCGCCACAGUCGGUGUCGUCUGCCGGAAUUCAACAGAAUCGAGUGCCACCGCAGGUCCAACCUUUUAUACCACGCGACCACACACAUGUCUUACCGUGGAUUGCGGUACCUAAUCCCGAUCGCAUUGCCCUCCAUCAAGCUCAUCUCCGCAGCCCAACGUUCCAGAAGGCCGACAACACCGAUAAUGACAAAUCUGAAGUGAGAUACUAUCAGUUUGUGGAAGAAUUGAUCGAGUUGCCACAGUUCCUCGAUGCAAAUUCUGGUCUGGUGCGCUGGAAUGUGCAUGUGCCUCAUGAACUCUGGGUUCGGAAAGCUAAUAGCUUAGACCCAACUGGCGAAUUCCUCUCAAAAUCCCGAAAGGUCUGGGACGGAUGUGUCCAGUUCCGAUUGAAAUGCAUCGUUUCUGACGCAGUGACCGUAUCACCAAACGCUUUGUUUUCAGGCUUUCCCGUCCAGUCGACAAAGUGGCCCAAGUGCUUAUCCGUUUCCAUCAAUGGCGACAUGGGGGUUGAAUUUCGGCGCAAGGCACAUCACGGGGUAGAUUUGGCCACAGAUGUGACUGAUCUACUCAAGGAAGGCGAUAAUGAAGUGAUCGUUUGCAUCAAUUUCACCGCCGGAGAGUCUCACGUAGCUUACCUUUUUGCUGUCGAAGUUAUCUGCGUUGCAGAUCAUAAGAGAGUACUCUCAAUGCCACGUCCAAUUGGUGCGGAAGAGGCCCUGUCAGCCAUCACUACCGCACUCAAAAGCAAACAUGACGGCAAAGAUGACGAUGAGCUAAUCAUCUCCCAGCCGCUUAUGAGCAUUGACAUUAUUGAUCCCAUUACGUCUCUUAUUUGGGUCGUACCUGUCCGAGGCAAACAAUGUCGGCACCGUGAAUGUUUUGACCUCGAAGCUUUCCUUCUGAGCCGCACGAGCUAUGUUAAGAAAAGUGGCCUUACAAGUCCAGAUCAGUGGAAGUGUCCGAUUUGCAGGGAGGAUGCUCGGCCCCAAAUGCUGGUCAUUGACGGGUUUCUACAGACCGUACGCAAGACACUCGAGGAGACCAAUAAAUUGGACACGAAGGCCAUUCUCGUCAAAGAAGAUGGCAGCUGGGAGACUAAAGCCGAUCCACUAGUUUCCAGACCUCAGAGCGAAGCCAAGGCAGAAUCAGGUGCUGCAAAUUCCGAAGACGCAUCUAGAGGGAAUUAUGACGAAACUCCGGGGUAUGGUACUACCUCGAGUACAGCCAUUGUUCUCGAUGACGAUGAUUGA